GCCAGAAUUAUUUUGGGAGUUAAGAGGGAGAACAGACAGACAAUUAUAGAACAGGUUUUCUGACAUCAGUUUAUUUUUUUCAACUUCGUUACAAGAGAUACUUUCAAAAUGGGCAGCGAGCUGAAAGCCGAUGAACUUAAACUACCCCCAUAUGAGAAAGAACAAAAGGGACCAGAAGAGAUGGCUUACAUGAAAAGUGGAUGGAUGCUUCGGCAAAGCACAAUUUUAAAACGUUGGAAGAAGAAUUGGUUUGAUCUGUGGCCAAAUGGGUACUUGAUCUAUUAUGAUGACCAGGACCGACAAGAGAUGGAGGAUAAAGUUUAUAUGCCUAUAGAAUGUACAGACAUCAGAGACGGGAAAGAUUGUAAAGAUUUAAACCUUCCAGAAGGAAAAACCAAGGACUGCUGUCUGCAGAUCGUUUGUCAUGAAGGAAAGGUCAUUAACCUGAUUGCAGAAAGUUCUGACGACUGCCUGGCUUGGAAAUCUGCUCUGCAAGAGGCCAGAACUAAAAUUCAUGUGCCUCCUCCGGGUCUAUUAUAUGAUGAAGCAUUACUUGGUCCUGCUCCUCCUUACACACCAUAUGCGUCCCCACCGGCCUAUGGAUAUGACUCAUAUCCUGGUGGAUAUCCACCUGCUGGAUCGCAAGUUAUUUAUACUAGGGAUGGUCAAGCAUAUGCCGCCUGUCCAUAUCCACAAGGACCAGGAGCACCUCCUGCUAAUCACAUUAUCAUUCGUGAAAGAUACUACGAUCACGACGGAGACCUUGCAAUGGGCAUGCUCGCAGGAGCAGCAACGGGAAUGGCACUUGGAUCCCUCUUCUGGGGCUUUUAGAAACGUGUUUCUUGCAUUUAAUGCUUUUGCAUAAUUGUGAUAGAUAUUUGCAUAUUUGUGUUAGAUAUUGAAGUUAAACAAAAUAAGUCUGUUGCUUUCAUUAUGUCCCUGCUAAUGUAAUAAUGGAUCAGACAUUAAACUAUUAAUAGUUUGUAAAACUCCAUAAUGAUGUUUCCCUGGUUUAUAUUGUACAGCACUUGCAGACCUUGCAUAUUCCUAUAGACCAUUUUAAUAGAAUUAGGAAAAAGGGGGAUAAAAUACACCAUUUAUAUGAUAGAGUAUAUUAAUAAGGCCCAGGGCAAUAUAAAUAAGGAGUGUAUGUGUGGUCAAGAAGAUGAGAAUUUUAACUGUAAGAUAAAUGCUGGUUGCACUCUGCAGGAAAGGGACAUGUCUUGCCUCCCCAAAUGACUUGAAAGACAGUUUGUAGAUGGGCCACGUGUGGGUUUAUGGACGUAUGUUUCCUUCUCUAUCCUAGUGUCACCUUUUUAUUUCUUAAAAAGAAAACUUUCGAUCUGUGCACUUAAAUAAAAAAAAAAUAUCAAUUAAUUUGUACAGAUAGCCAUAUAUAUAUAUAUACAGUAUAUAUAUAUACAAUAUAUAUAUAUAUAUAUAUAUAUAUAUAUAUAUAUAUAUAUAUAUACAUACACACAUAUAUAUUAUAUAAUCACAUGAAUACUACCAAUACAAAUGCAGAUGUUAUAUAAUAUAUUAAUGCAAAUGGAUUAGUAAGGGAGUUGAUCACAAUCUAUCGGCUGAUUUAUUUUCAGGUGAUUACAAUCCCAGAAUUUGGUUGUUUCCCAGAGAAGAAAAUGUGUUUUAAACUCUCUGACAAAAAAGGCCUAUUUUUUUACAUGGAGCCGAAAUGUUCUUGGAAAUCACAGUCCAUUUUCUUGAUUCUAUUGGAUUUGACAACUAAAGUCCCGAAACGGUCUUUUUGACAUAUUUGCAAGUAUUCCAGGACAAAUAAUUCUAUUUAGUUGCACAUGUACGAGACACGCUGAAAUGACGACAGGCAAUAUUUUAGAGGUGUAUUUGAAUACAUGGUCUAGAUCAGUGGUUCCUAACUUUAAACACCAUCGGUGCCCCCCUAACCCAUAAAAAUAACAUUCAGACCAGCAGUGCACCACCGCUUAUAAAGAUAAUGAGGCCCAUUUAUCAAGCUCCGUAUGGACCUUGUGGGCCUGUGUUUCUGGCGAGUCUUCAGACUCGCCAGGAACAGCAGUUAUGAAGCAACAGUCCAAAGACCGCUGCUCCAUAACCCUGUCCGCCUGCUCUGAGCAGGCAGACAGGAAUCGCCACAAUUCAACCCGAUCGAGUACGAUCGGAUUGAUUGACACCUCCCUGAUGGCGGCCGAUUGGCCGUGAAUCUGCAGGGGGCAGCGUUGCACCAGCAGCUUUUGUGAGCUGCUGGUGCAAUGCUGAAUACGGAGAGCGUAUUGUUCUCCGUAUUCAGCGAGGUCUGUCGGAUCAGGUAUGCAAGACCUUUGAUACAUAGGCCUCAAUGACACAAUACAAUCUAAAGAAGUAACAAACAUAUUAAAAAAUUUUUUUUUUUAAUUUUAUUAAAUCUGUAUUAUCUUUAUCUUUCAAUACCAGCUUUAUAAAGUUGAUAGUCACUGUGUGAUAGUUUUAUAAACCACAUUUAGUGAUUUCUUAACUGUCAAAAACUGUUAAUCCCAUGGAUGGGCUUGAUGAUGUGAUACUAGUUUCCAGGGCCAACCUUAGCAUUUGCGGGGACCUGGGCAAAAUUAAUUUGUAUGGCCCCUCAGCCCAGUGCCCUUUUCUCCUCCCAUGUAUGCCCUGCCCCUAUAUAAAGAAUAACACAAAAUAUUAGACCUCCUGAUACCAUAAACACUUAUCAUAAACUAAAUAGAACAUAUACAUUGCACCAUCUCAUAACCUCAACACUGACAUUGUGGGGCCCACCAAAGAGCGGGCCCUGAGCGGGUGGCCCUCACACCCUGCCCAAAAGGCAGGCCUGUCAGUUUCCCAAUCUCUGAUUUCAUGUCACAGUUGGAGAUCUGGAGUUGAUUUAUUUGUUUGGAGAACAGUUGCACUAGUGCACCAAUAAAUCAUCUUUAUAGAAAUCAUAUUCUUCUUACCAAAGUUUAAUGUAAUGCAUCACCAGAUUUUUUCGGAUGACAGAAGACUUAAAAACUGUGUGCAAAGCUACUCAGACAAGCACAACAGGCCUUUCCUAUGUUUCCAGCUACUACACAAUUAUUAUAACUGUGUAGUUAAUGUUAAAAAUCCUUUCUAAUGUACAGUGCUGGCAAAACAAAGAAAACACCCCAGCAGUACAAGUUGCUGCAAUUUAUUGUAGUGAGAGACAGUAUAAGCUGCUGAUAAACCUGACCUAUCAUAGAGAAAAAAGGCCUUGUAAAAGAGCAGUGAAACAUUGCACAAAGCAAAUUACAGUAAUUAUUCUUGCAGAGGCUACUGGCAUCCUCUUCCACUCCUUUCUUACUAGUGCCCCCGAUGGAAAUCCCAAUACCCCCCUUCCACCUAUUAUGCCUAUUAGUGCCCCCCUCAGUAAUCCCACCGCUCCCCAGGGGGCAGUACUGUCCACUUUAGGAACUACUGGUUCCUUAAAGCUCUAUUCAUCCCUAUCAUAUAGUCCGUCUCCGGUGAGCAAGACACAAAUUUUUUUACACAUAUGUAUUGUGUAUUUUAUAUGUGAUAUCAAGUACAGCUAAAGGGCUCUGCAUGAAAAACAAUAAAAAAUAAAUCAUGACCACAACAUCUAUAAAUUGUGUGCAGCAUUAUUGUUCUAAAAUGUUUGUUUCAAAUUUACACACGCAUUGUCGUGAUUGCCGGUUACAGUACUGUCAUCUUUAUAAACAACUUUGUUACUGGAAUUUCACAGUUUGUCAUUGCAUCUUGUUUGCUGGAGACUCAGAUCUUUUGCACAGGUUUCUUAAAAAAAAAAGAAGGUGCAUAAAAUAGGUUUUCAAACAUCGUAAUUUGCUUUAUCAAGAACUUUGUGUCACCAUUUUCUAACCCCGUUCUCUACAACUUAGUUUUUCAGUUUUGAUGACAUUUUUGUGGUUUUCUAGUUAUCAAGAUGGAUUUGGAUUUCAAUAGAUUAACCCUUCAAUAACAGGAAUUUCAGAGAAAAACUUGCCCAAAGUACCGGAGAAUUCUUGCUAUUGCUCUGUUUAAACACAAAUAAAACCUUAGUUUUGUUGUUUGUUUUUUUAACCUAUGAAAACUAUUUAUAUUUUUUUAAGUAAACAACCCAAGGUGUUGAUCUAGGCCCAUUUUGGUAUAUUUGAUGCCACUAUGUCGCCGUCAAAUACAAUCAUAUAAAAAAGUUAUUAGCAUUUUUGCAAACUUUGGGUUUCUCACUGAACGUGUUUACACACAACUACUUCAGUAAUAAGGCAAAUGGUUAUAAAAGCUUUUCUGGGAUCACCUUUGUUAAUAAACAGCAGAUAUGCAUGGCUUUGCCAUUGGUUUUAAGCAAUUGGAAGGCCACUUAUUGCUGCUGUGCACCACACUUUUGAAAAUCCUGGCAGCAAAGGGGUUAAUCAGUUAGUUUGUAAGGUUAGCUGUAGUGUAGGGAUUAUCCUCCCACCCCCUGAUCCCUCCCAAACAGCUAUAUUCCCCCUCCCCCGCAUACUGGUCACCACCAUCAUAGGUACUGGCAGACAGUCUGCAAGUAUUAAGUUUAGGGCUGAUCCCAGCUCUCUUACCCCCUUUCUCCCAUUGUCCACAGCCAUGUUUGUUACUGGCAGCCAGUCUGCCAGUUAGAAACUGUGAACUUUUUAAAAUUUUGUUUGAUAUUAUUUAGUUUGUACUUUUUUCUGUAGUGUAGGGGUAACCCUCCCCACCUCACCGCUCUGAUUGAUUACUUCUUUUCUGUACUGUAGGGACCCCCUUCCCCCUCCAACCCCUAUUUAAUGUAGCUUAGGGCCUCCCAUCAUAAACUUUAUCUGUAGUGUAGGAAACUCAGUCCCUCCUGGGCUACCCACCUGCUCCAGUCCUUCCCUCCCUCACCAACAGUCAAUCGUACAGAGAGUAACACAGACACAGUCACUCUCUGUAAUGAUUGUGAUCUGGCUUCAUAUGAUCAAUGCUCCCUUACAAUAUGAAGGCAGAUGCCUUCUGCCCCCUGGUUGUGGCUCCCACUGUCUAGGCUGACAGCAGGGACUGCAACAGGGGCCUCUGUAUUGGAUGUAGGUACUUUGUCAGCAAAAAAAAAAAACAAAUUGCAAAAAAGAAAAAAGGGGCUAAGUAUAUUAGUAGUUUAUUAACCUCCUUAAUAACCUUGUAAGAAUAUACUUGCUUUAGGGUACAAUUGAGGAGGUGUGCCUUAGCAUUUAUGGGAAAAUUACACUGAAAGCACUUAUAAAAUUAUAGGUAAAAAAAAGAAUGUUCCGUGGCACAUUUGUAAAGUAAUUGCUGAUUACUGUUAAAGUUAAAGCUUAACUUUUAUUUUGAAUGUAAUGAAAAAACAGAUAAUAUUCUUGUUAAAGUUGGUUAUGUUUUUCUUGCAUAUUUAUCAAGCACAAUAAAGAUGGUCUAUUAUAAUGUUUUUUUUUCAUGAGUAACAAGUCAUUUGUUGAUGCUAAUAAUGAGGUUAACUGCAAGUUAUGGGCUAUAAACACUAACACGUUUACUGAAAGAGGUAAUGAGUGAGAAUAAUUUUGCCAUCAUUUUCUGAUCUAUUGUAUGUCUGUAGAGAAAAAUAAAAUGUUAAUAAAAAUAUAAUGUUAAUUACA